AAGAUUUCAUCAUUUUAUUUUAUUUCAGCAACGAAAUGUGAUUAUCCAAAAUAUUCUUCAGCAACUUUUUCAACAACAGAUGCUUUUUUUCACUUUAGCACUACUUAUAUAGUGGAAUUCAAUUUACAGUGCGCCAACAAUCCUAAAGAUAUGAUGUUAUAUGGUAUUAUCAACGGGAAAACCUACCAAAUAGCCAUGUCGGAAGAGACAGCGAAACAUCAAAUUUCUUGGCAGCUUGAACAUGAUCAGUCCGGGGCUCAGACUUUUAAUAUUUAUAUUUAUGAUGAAGAUGGCUUUUCAGCUUAUAGAAAGGGAGUAUCGAAAGCGUCGCCUGUUGCGUCUGAAACUGUUGUUACACUCCUCGCAUUCAUAGUGCUCUAUUUCGCUUACAAUUAUAAGAGCCAAUUGAUAGUAUAG